AUGCGGGAGGAUGAACGCCACAGGGCAAGUGACGAAGACUCUGACACCUCCCAUGCCUCUGCUGACGCUGCCACGCUGCACGCAGUGGCGCGGCGCAUGCAGCUGCGGGAGCACGCGGGGAGGCAGCAGCAGUUGCAGCUGCACAAGCAGCUGCAGCAGCAGCAGCAGCUGCUGCAGCAGCAGCAGCAGCAGCUGCACCAGCAAGACGCCCUGUUGCGCCACCAGGAGCAGCUGCUGCGGGAGCAGGAGCAGCAGCUCGCCGGCAGAGAGGCGGAAGCGAAUCUGCUGCUGCGACAAGUCAAUUCGCUGCAGCAGCAAUUAGAAGAACGGGCAGACAGGCUGGCAGCAGCAGAAGGCAACUAUUUAGACGCCACGGCAUCGCUGCAGCAGCUGCAGCAGCGUGUGGCCCUUGGCGAUGAGGCGCGACUCUUAGUCGAAGAGGUUCGACAGCAGCAACAGCAGGAUGCGCAUCAUCUGUAUGCGGAGGUUCGCCGCUUGAGACGGCAGCUCUCUGAGCGGCUAGUCCAGUCCACGUCUGUUUCUCCCGAGGGGCGGCAUGGUGGAGGCGGUUCGACUGAGCAGCUCAAAGAAGAAACUGCUGAGAAAGAAGAAGUGCAAAAAGCCAACGCCUCCACGGAAGCUCCUUCUGGGGGCGUAGGCGCGAGUGGAGAGCCACAGCGCGAUGUCACCCCCACAGCCACGCCGCUCCUGGGGGAGGUUUACGGAGGCUCGUGCUGUCUGAUAUCCGCUGAGGUGGGAGCCUGCACGGCGUGGGGUUGCAGCGCGAGUUGUUGCUGCAGCACUGAGGAGGCGCAUCAAGCGGCGGUGGGAUCGUUGCAAGCGGCUUUGCACAAGUGUCGCUACGCCGCAGAGAGUCGCAAGGAGCAUGGGGAUUUCCUAGGAGCUGAUGCUGCAGCCGCUGCAGCGGCAGGAAGUGUGGCUGUAAGAGAGGCUCUUCACCAGUGCCCAGCUGCAGGGGCUGAUCCUGAGAUCGAGGGCAUGCUUUUGGAGCGUCUGCGAGCAGAAAGCAUGCAAAUACGCGUCUACGCGCAGCAGCGGCACGUCGUAGCCGCUUCUUCGAAGCAGGCAGCAGCGGGCAGCAGCUCCAGCGAGAGGCAGCUGCUUUCUCACCAGGGAGGUCUGACGGCAAUAGACGAGACGAUCGAACGCGAGGCGUAUGACGUGCUAAAGCCUGCGCUCCCCGAGGAGGUGUUACUUCCCCUGCUCGCUGUGCAAAGCCUUGCAGCACUUCUGCGGCUAAGACAGCAGAGCGUGCUGCUCGCGAAUGCACGAUGGCUGCAGCUCCUCAAAGACACCGUGGCUAGCAAGUUUAUCGAGGGCUGCAGCUGUGCCGACAGCAGCAGCUCACGCCUCAGCCGCUGCUGCUCGUCGGAAACUCCCAGCAACGUUCCCCCUGCCCACGCGGAUACCAGCGCUGCCUCGCAUGAGCUUCUUCAAAGGGGGAGCCACCAGCACCACCUUCAGCAGCAGCAGCACGUCCUCUUGCAGCUCCUCCUGAAAGGCUCGGGGGGAGUCGCUGCUGCCGCAGGCAUGCUGCGUCAUUCGUCUGCCCCCAUAACGCUGCAUGCUGCAAGGCUUACAGACGCUGAAAGUGGAAACAACAUCUUCCACCUCUUGUGUCACAGGAAUAUGCCACAGCUCUUUGGGCUGCUUGGCUUGUCGGCGCUGCCCCAUGAAUUUCUCUAUGCGCACAAUCGGCAAGGCAAGACUCCUGCCGAUUUGCUGCCUCUUUUCUCGGCAGCUCAGCUCCAGGAGUUGCAGAAGGCAGCCUCCACGGGAGAAUUGCAGCUGCAUGGCGAGCUGCAGCAGCAGCUCGCUGCCGUCUCUGCGAAUCUGAGGACGUGGAGGAGUGUCGUCUUUGAAUACGCUGCAAAAGCCAGUACGCUGUACAGACAGCACAGCAAUGAAGCGGCCUUGUCGCUGUAUUCGGAGGCUCUUAAAUUGCAGCAGCAGCUGCUCAAGAAGCAGCAGCAACUGGAUGAAGCUACGGGGGGCGUUCUUUCUUCGAACUUGUCCCUCGUGGAAAAUACAGCCAAGCUCGCAUUCAACAAGGCGUGCGAGUGGCUACUGGACUUUGAAGGAGCCUUGAAUUAUCUUCAGCUGAUGCGUCAAAACUGCCCAGAAGCGUUUUCUGUGGAUCACUAUAAGAAACGGAGACUCUACGAAGCGCAAAUUCAAGCGUCAAGCUUCCAAGUUUUGAGCAUUGAGAAGGGAGCUCCCAAGGCAGCUGUCAAUCGGGCAUUUCGCAGGAUGAGCAUCUUGUGGCAUCCUGAUAAGGCGUCUGCGCUGUGUGAGGACCUUCGCUUACGGCAUGAAAAUCACUUUAAGAGGCUCAAUGAAGCACGCAUAGCGCUUCUCGAUCCUGAAUCCUACGCAAGACAGCUGCUGCUUCCAAAUCAGCCGCUGUAUAGGCAUCCUGAGUUGCUUGUUGCCUCCAAACCUGCGCAGCCGUCUGCCCCCUCGCCUACACUUGUGCAGCCUGCGCAACUCACUUUUGACCAGCCGCAGCAACAGGAGCAGCAGCAGCCGCAGCAGCAGGAGCCAGAGGAGGCCAUACCUAGACUUGCAAGACUGCAGACGCAGCGGCAGCAGCUUCUUCGAUCCAUCGGCAGCCUGCAGAGGCAGCAGCAAGAAUUGGAGCGAGAACUCGUUGAGCAUCAGGCCGCAACACCAGCGCCAAAUCGCAGCACCAGCAGCAGCUGCUGCAGCAUCUCUUUGCGCUGGAGAGAGCUUCAGAAGCUCCAGAAGCAGCAGCAAAACAAAGAAAAGAUACUGCAAGAGUGCGAAGCAGAAAUCACGCAGUGGCUGCACCGGCAGCAGGAGCAGGAGGAAGAAGAGGAGGAGCAAGAGCAGGAGCAGGAGGAAGAAGAAGAGCAGGAGGAGGCUUCUUGUAAAGCCUGUGGCAAGGGGCCUGAGGGGGCAGCUGCCUGGAGUGGUCAGACACCUCUGGCUUCUGCAAGUGCUCCGUCUUUAACAGCAGCAGAUGUACUCAAUGAGGCUGUAGCAGCAGCGUUUUUGAAAUCUGUGAAAACGGAUGCUGCUGAAGUGGCAGCUGCGUGGGAGUCGGUGGCAUCUAGUGACAGCGAGAAUGAGAUCCCUUCAACAUGCGGAAGUGUCUGUCCAAAAUCCACGUCUAGCAGCAGCAACAACACCAAGAGCAGCAGCGCUGAGACAGCGCAGCAGCCUUCCGCUCCGCCUCCGGCUGUUGACAGCAGAGACACUACGACAUCCAAUAGGUGCCGCAAUUCUCGAGUGUGCAGCUUCACGAGGCGUUCAAACUCUCGCGCUUCCUCAGCAGGGCCCCAAAUACGGAAGGCUGGAUCUUCAGCAGUGCACCCCACAGCACCCUUCACUGCCACUGCUCGCCGCUGCCUCACUACGUGUGUGUGGUGUGAAACUCCAAGACCUACAGAAGGCGCAGUGGCAGGAGAAACAGUAGCGGGAGAAGCAGUAGCAGGAGAAGCAGCCGCUGCGGAUAAGCCUGGAAAUGACGGCAGGCAACUAAAGGCAGCAGCUUCUUACUGGGAAGGCACCGACAGCAGGCAGUAUUGGUGGCAGUGGCAGCAGAACCUGCAAGAUCAAGGAUCUUUCUCAAGAUCACCGGGCAUAUGUGCUCACAGGGGAAUACCAGCAGCAGCAGCAACAUGAUCAUCAUCAUCAGCAGCAGCAGCAGCAAUACGAUCAUCAUCAGCAUCAGCAGCACCAGCAAUACGAUCAUCAGCAGCAGCAGCCGCAGCAGCAAUACGAUCAUCAUCAUCAGCAUCAGCAGCAGCAAUACGAUCAUCAUCAGCAUCAGCAGCAAUACGAUCAUCAUCAUCAGCAGCAGCAGCAAUACAAUCAUCAUCAGCAGCAGCCGCAGCAGCUCUGGCAGGGCACUCCUCCUCGACAAAACUUGCUGCAGAGGUCUUAGUGCCACCAGACUUCCCUGAGCGCUUCCCUGACGAAGCAGCAGCAGGAGCAGCAGGAGCAGCAGAAGCAGCAGCAGAAGCAGCAGCAGAAGCAGCAGGCCUUGUUCGCUCCCGCCAGCCGACUGAUGCAUAUACGGGCAAGCGAAAUCCCUUUGGAGAUUCCGUAGGAGGUUCUACUAGAAUCUUAGACGACCAUCUAGCGCGCCAGCACCACUUGCAGCAGGUGUUGCAGCAGCGCAGAGAGACGGGGGGAGCAAAGGAUGCCUCCAGUCAUCAUCAGCUGCUCUUCCCAGAAGAAGAGGAGGAAGAAGAGCUGCCUCCCCAUCCGAGCAAGACCACCGAUCCCCCCUCCAAAUGCGCUUUCGAGGCAGCCUCCUCUACCCUUCCCGCAGGAUGGACUCCCUCGAGGGCACCCACAGGGGGGGAUCGAGUUGCGUAUUGGCGAAGAGACAGUCGGGAGGCUCCGCUUGCUGCAGAUGAAACGCAGGCGGAGAGGCCUUCGCGCUGGCCAGUGCCUCCCCAGAUUCAGACUGUAGGCGCAGAAGACGGCGAUAGCGACAGCCUUUGCAGCAGCAACAUGCGAGCGGACCGACCCCAGACGGCUCCGAUCCCUUCACGACGCCUACGCAGCACAGCUAGUCCUGGCGGUGACGGCAUGACUGCAUGCACGCGGCGCAUGCAGCCCUACAGUGGCGGGGAAAGCGGCGGCAGCAGCGGCGCCUGGCAGGGACGGGGGCACUCGAGUUGUCGCAGCGGGAAAUCAAGCAGCGGCAGCGACGUUGAGGAGUCUCUCAAGCCGUCGGAGUGCAGGGAUGCGUGGAAGACCCCUACGUACAGUCACCAGCAGAGCCUCGAUCAGCGUCACCAGCGCCUGCUCUACCACUGUGGGGUGGGGGGGCAAGAAAGCGCACAUUUCCUGAAGCCUGUGGAUUGUGAGGACCCCUUUUCGCAGUGGGGAGCGACGGUGCCGCAGAGGAGUUCAGUGCCAGUUCAAGUCUGCAGCAGCAGACUUUCCCUGCCGAGAGACAGAGUAGGAGGAGGGGGAGAGGCAGCAGCAGCAACAGCCACGCCGACGCGGCUGUAUCCACAGUAUGAGCCACCCGUCGCUGACAUGCAGCGGAAGGCGCAAAAACUGAACUUUCAUAGCCCUCGAAAGAUGACGGGCAAAGGAGAGGACGUCACCAGUGCUGCUGCAGGCUAUGCGGCAAGUUGUGUAGGCGACAUGCCACGAGGCGGUGCGGCAAUCGCGGGCAAAAGCUUCGAUCUAACGACAGAUAACGGGGAAAAUUAUCUGCAUGCCCACGUCCUCUCCGGGGGAGAUACUGCACUCCCCUCACACGCAAGCCAACAUCUCAGAACGCGGGGGUCUCUGCCACCCCAAAUAGAAGAGGCAUUUCUGCAGCACUCGCCAAGCAGUACUCAGCACAUGUAA